AUGGGUCCAUAUCAACCUAAGUUAGUAGAGUAUCCAAGGACUGAAUCAGGGAGACAGUAUCAUCGAUUUCAGUACACUUGGUUUGAUCAAUUUCCUUGGCUAGAGUACUCUCCAUCAAAGGAUGCAAUAUUUUGUUUUCCAUGCUUUAUCUUUGAAAACAAAGUGCCUCGUUAUCUCACAUUCACCACCGAAGGCUUUAGAAGUUGGAAGAGGGUUAAUGAUGGUGUUAGAUGUGCACUUUUGAUGCAUGUGGGAAGUCCCACUUCACCACAUAAUAAUGCUGUGAAAUCUGCUGAAGAUUUAAUGAAAGUAAGUAGACAUAUUGAUAAAGUGUUGAAUGCACAAAUUGUUAAAGAAGUUCAGAAAAAUCAGUUGAGACUUAUGACAACAAUUGAAAGUGUUCGAUGGCUUAGCUUACAAGCAUGUGCAUUUAGAGGUCAUGAUGAAUCUUCAGCUUCUAAUAAUCGAGGUAAUUUUUUGGAGAUGAUAAGACUUAUGGGGAGACUGAAUGUUGACAUUGAUGAUGUUGUCUUAGAAAAAGCUUCGAAAAAUGCAAAGUAUACCUCGCCGACUAUUCAAAAAGAGAUUUUACAUAUUCUUGCGAACAAAGUGAGGAAAAAGAUUUGUGAAGAAGUUAGAGAUGCAAAGUUUUAUACUACUUCUUCAACACUUAAAAAAGAAAUUUGUGAUGUGCUCGCUCGAUAUAACUUGCAUAUUUUCAAUAUGCGAGGUCAAGGGUAUGAUGGUGCUAGCAAUAUGCGUGGCACGUGGAAUGGACUACAAGCUCUAUUUCUCAGAGAUUGUCCAUAUGCAUAUUAUGUACAUUGUUUUGCUCACCGACUACAACUGGCAUUAGUUGCAGCAGCAGGAAAUGAGAUUUCUAUUUGGUUAUUUUUCUCAAAAUUGACAACCAUUAUCAACCUUAUUUGUGCUUCUCCCAAACGUCAUACCGAGUUACAUUAUGCUCAGGCUAUAGAAAUUGCACAUAUGGUAGCUACUGGAGAACGUGAGACUGGUAGAGGGGCUAAUCAAAUUGGUAAUUUACAUCGAAGUGGAACUACUCGCUGGAGCUCUCAUUUUGAUUCUAUUUGCAGCUUAAUAGAUAUGUAUGGUGCAACUAUUACUGUGCUUGAAAGUAUGGUUCAAGAAGGAUCUUCUAAUUCUAUACGUGGAGAAGCUGGUGGUUGUUUGAUUGUGAUGAAAUCUUUUGAAUUUAUAUUCAUCUUAUAUUUGAUGCAUAAAAUAAUGGGGAUUACUGAUUUACUUUGUCGAGCUUUGCAGCAAAAAUCUCUUGACAUCUUAAAUGCAAUGGAUCUUGUAUCAACUACUAAAACAUUGCUUCAAACUUUGAGAGACGCCAGAUUUGAUCUUCUCCUUGUAAAUGUGCAAUUUGUUUGCACAAAAUAUGAGAUUGACAUACCACAUAUGAAUGCUUCGUAUAAAAAGGCUACAGGUCAUUCAUGUCAACAACGAGGUUCAGUGACAGUUUACCAGCAUUAUCAUUAUGAUAUAUUUAACUCAACAAUAGAUUUUCAGUUGGAAGAAUUAAAUUCUAGAUUCAGUGAUGAGACAGUGGAACUCCUUGUACUUAGCUCUGCUUUAGAACCUAAAGACAACUUUAAAUCAUUUAAAAUUGAUGCUAUUUACAAGCUUGCUGAGAAAUUUUAUCCUGAAGAUUUCAAUGAACAAGAGAUAUUGAUUCGUCUUGUUUUGACUUUGCCUGUUUCCACUGCCACUACAGAGCGGGUAUUUUCAGCUAUGAAACAUGUUAAAACUGUGCUUCGCAAUAAAAUGGAAGAGGAGUUCUUAGGAGAUUCUAUGAUGAUUUACAUUGAACGAGAGCUUGUUGAAGAUAUUGAUUCGGAUUCGAUCAUAGAUGAAUUCUAUUCUACAAAACAUCGAAGGGUGCAGCUUUGA